AUGCCUGCUGUUGAAGGGCCGGCUGCCGCUGGCGGGGCAGGGGGAGGAGGCGGGGUUAUGAUGCUGCCUUCGCACCCGUUGUAUUAUUUCUCCACGCACAACGCCUUGCGGGGGGCAGAUGGAGACGACUUGCAUUUCCGCGUUUGCUUCGAAGAGCUCCAUGGCUCGCGCUCGUGCGAGCUGGACGUUUACCCCUUCUACGACGUUCAGAUGGUAAAAGACGUACGUUUGAUCUUCAGGGGGUGCGAACUUCCCAACUGGCGACCCAUGACGGUUUUCUUCGAAAAUCCGGUCAAACGGCUGCUGUGGGCCGUAAGAGGGGGCAGCGCACAGGCCUCCAUCAGGCCUUUUGCGCGCAGUCAGACCUUCCGCAGCAAAGAGCUCCUCAGGAUUCUGGAGGAAGUUCGCCUUGGCUUUCGCAGGAACGUCGCGCCAAAACUGACUAUGGAUGGCACGGGUGGCACUUACAUUUUGUUUGACGGCCGUCGGCGGCCGGUGGCUGUGUUCAAGCCGGAGGACGAAGAGGCCUUUGCCCCCUGUAAUCCUCGGGGUUACGAGGGGCGUCUGGGUCAGCAAGGACUGCGGGGAGGAGUGCUGAGUGGAGAGGGGGCAGGACGUGAAUUCGCAGCUUACCUUCUGGACGCGAGUUAUGGCGGGUUUGCUGGCGUUCCGGCAACUAUGAUGGUGGAGGCGUGCCAUCCGGCAUUCUGCAGCAGAGGCCAAAUAGAGGUUGAUGGGGACGUGAUGAUGAGCACAUACGUCCGCAGCGAGUCGUCGCCCAGCGUUUCUUGGAAAGUUGGCAGCUUUCAGGCUUUUGUGGAGGCCAAGGAGUGUGUCGGAAACUUUGACGCUCGGCUCUUCUCUGUUGGGGAUGUGCAUCGGAUUGCGAUAUUUGACUUGCGUGUCAUGAAUUUGGACCGAAACGACAGUAACAUUCUGGUGGCUCCUGUGGUGGGCUAUCAGAAGGAGCCGUCUGCUGGCGGCAGUUCUCGCAGCCUGCGUGCCUCAGGUGGGGUUGUGAAGCAGAUCGAGAGUAAAUUGUUGCGCAGCGUUUCUGCUGUGGGCUCAUGCGGAACACAACUGUGCGUCGCUGAUAAGGCAGCAGUGGCAGGCGCGGAAACUGCAGCCUCCGCAGCGUCUGGGGUAUUGACUCCUGAUGGAAAGCCAACGAAGUGGUCCAACCGCAGGUUUCGCCUUAUUCCCAUUGACCACGGGAUGAUCUUGACGGACGUUCUCGAUGUAGCGACCCUAGACCUUGUUUGGUUCGACUGGCCCCAGAGCAAGGAGCCAUACAGUGAAAGCGAACUGCGUCUGAUAUACUCAUUCGACGUGGAUAAGGACUUGGAGCGUUUGUCUCGUCGGGUUGCUUUGAGGGACAAUUGCCUAAGAACCCUUCGGCUCGCUACGAAGCUGCUGCAGAUCUGCGCUCGCCACCACUUGACAGUUCGUGAGACGGCAACGAUUGCAGUGCGCGACGACUUCGACAUACCUUCCCCUUUGGAGCACCUGAUCCGACGAAGCCUUGAGAUUUCUUACCUUGCCUUGGACUCCACGUCGUUGAUGAGCACUAACAGGCUAGGUUUCGGGAUAAUGGAUCUUGCCGAGCUGCAGGGAGACCCUGGGAAGCAGCAGGGGCUGCGACGCACUUCUUUCGAGGCGAAGCUGAAGAAAGCUUUUAGAAAGAAGAAGAGAGGUGGAGACGAGGGACCGGUGGAGGAGACGGCCGUUGACGCAAAUGGAAUUUGCAGCCGCUGCGGUGGUUUUGUUGCCGUUUCUGGAGCAGCCGCAGUAUCUACUGCCGUGAUCACCUCAGUCAGUUGCAGAGUUCCAUCGACACUUGACCCGGACGGGGAAGUAGACAGUGAAGAGUUCGAGGAGAGACCACUGCUCAGGUCCUGCACGACUAUCGAAGCGUGGAGCGACGCGCGUUCCCCAGUAGGAGCACAUGCAGAGGUGGACGUGAGCGAACCAAGAGCAUCCCGGAACACGGCGGCUGCAGCUCUAGACCGGGCAACAGUUCAACCAGCUGGCAGUAGGCUCCAUUCAGUUGAAAAUGUUCGGGGACGGCUCCCUUCUGGGUCUGCUGAAGAUGAACGACAGACUGCGGGCGGCACCGCCCCAUGCCGGUGCGGGGACAGAAUUGAGCGCCGCAGCAGCAGCAGCUUGGGCGAUUCGGCGGACAGCGACAGCGACCUAACCAGCAACAGUCUGAGCACGAGCAGCAACGAUGGGACACAGAGCAGCUGGACGAGCAGCCACAGUGACGACGAUAGCAGCAAGGCGGCUUCGGAAGUGGGGGCGCGGUUGGCUCCCCCCACCUUCGGCAGUUUCCAAGCACCGGGGGCGGCUGGAGGGCCCCUUAGGCAUCUUCCAAGCGCUGCUCUGUUCCGAUACCCUUCGGGGGAACCCCGCUUUUCAGGACGCCAGAAACGUCGAACCUCCCGUAGCCGACGACGCAAGGCACCAACGGAGACAGAGACAAAGACAGAUGAUGCAGCUCCUGCUGUCCCCUCGCCGCCUCGCAAUGAACCAGCUGUAUUCGGCAACAGACACACUAAGGGCACCGUCAGGCGGUUAAACGGAACAGCACGAGGCACUGGAUGUCGGCCGAAGAAACAGCCCUCCGCGACACAAAGCACAUGGAGUCUGACGGAUUCGAGCGGUCGCGUAAUUCUGCUCGAUUGGCGCGAUGGCCGCCUUGAGAAGCUUUUUUUCGAAGUUUACGAAUCUCUGCUAAGACAACAUAUCCUGCACAACCAUCCUCAGUGGUUUACGUACCCGUACAACGGAGAGGCGAUUGAGCGUAGCGAACGUCGACAGCAGUCGUUCCGUCGGGAGGAAAGCGGAUCCCUUGUCACACCCCUUGUCGCUACGCCUACAGUGCAUGUGAAUUCGCAGCAAAUCCAUGCAACGAACACCCAUCGCAGGCUUAGCUCUGAGGCAAGUGAUGAUGCCAGUGCCAGCGCUGCAGACCGCCAUUUGACCCACAAACAUCUCAGAUCUGUGCAACAGCCACAGCCACAGUCACCAGCGCAACUUGAGGACAGGGCGCCUGCAGCAUCUCGUCAGACGCGCUUCAACAUUUCAUCAGAUGCCUGA